AAAGAAGGGAUUUGCUGUGUCUGCAAAUGGACCUUCAGCAAAUUUCAUUCUUACUUUUGAGUAUUUGGGGCUGAUGAUAUGGUCCACGGGCAGAUCAGUAACACAGUGAUUCUCACCCUGCUUGCCAUAACACCCUUACCAGUGGCCUCCAAUUGCUUUGAGGUCUUUGGCUUUGACAUCCAGAUUGAUGGCAAAUUCAAGCUGUGGCUUCUGGAAGUCAACUACAGUCCAGAAUUGUGUUUAGACUGUUCCACUAAUGACACUGUGGAAAGAAAACUGCUUCAUGAUAUUGUUGUACUGCUGAACUACAAGCAGAUCAACAUUUUGAGGCAAAACCAAGAGUCUAGGAUAAAGGCAGGCAGAAGGUGGAUGCCCUGGAGCACAGCUGGUGAGAGUGCCACCGAGGAGACUGCAGGUUUCCUUGCUUGCAAAAAAGUGGCUAAAUGGACUGCUGCUUCUUCUGUACAACCUGCCCUGCAGGCUGCAAGAGGAUCAAUUUGAAAGGUGGCUACCAUGACCAAGAAAACUGCCAGAGCACAUCCAGGAAAAAUGCUGACUUUUCAGCUGCAGGAAAGGAUGAGCAUGCCGAAGAUACCCUCCCAAGCAAAAGCUGAAACUAAAAAUAACCAGUUCCCAGGAGCUGGGCAUUCUGCACACAAUUCUGCCCAACUCAGCCUCUGGUUAUCUACAUCUGACUUCUGCAACUACAGGUUUACCACAUACCUCUAUAUUCUCUCUAGUAAAAAACAGAGGCCUAUCCCUCAUGUAGAAGAUUGUGUACUUAUUUUUCCUUUCAAAGAAGCUGCACUUCAAGCUGCGAGUGAAAACACAGAUAUAAAGAGCAAUAAGGAAAUAAACAAACUAGUGAGCAAACAGUUACCAUCUAAUCAGCAGAACACAAAGAAAAGGGUAGGCUAUUUAACUUCUGUGUAA